CACAAUUAUCAAAAUGAAUCAAAGAAUAUGUUGCGUUUGUGGCGAUCGGGCUGUUGGUUAUAAUUUCAGUGCACUUACGUGUGAUUCCUGUCGAUCAUUCUUUAGACGGAUUGCUCCCAGGGCUCAGGAAUUUAAAUGCUUUCUCAAUAAUAACUGUGAGAUUACAUCGACGACCAGAAAACUGUGUAAAAAGUGCAGAAUUCAUAAAUGCUUUGCUGUGGGAAUGAAAAGAGAGUCCAUACUCUCUGGUGAGGACAGGGAUUACACGAGUCGAGGCAAUACUGACGCUAUCGUUGACUCGACCACCGAUUUAUGUACUGAUUUGCAUCGGACUACCAUCAAUGGAAAGGGGUUUAGCCAGCAAUUCAUGAGCAUACCGGCCCUCAUAAGGGGUCUGAUCUUUAAUUUCCAAGAAUUAGAGAUCAAUCGCUUCAAAGAGUUGUUCAGUUCUGCGGCUGUCAUGAGAGAGCCGUCGCUGAGGACCACAUCCGAGACCAUCAAUUUGGUGGACGCCUUCCGAGUACUUCAGAUGCGAUGUGACGUCAAGUGUCGACGAAUCGUAAAGAUGUCCACAAAUAUGACUGAAUUCGUGAAUCUGUGCGAUGAGGACAAGAUAGCGCUGCUGAAGACCGGCUGUCCGGAGAUUAUUUGCUUGAUAUCUGUCCUGAACUUUAAUUUCGACGGCGAGUUCUGGACCGUUCACAUCGAUGGCGAAAACGCAACCGUAUUAAGACUGGAUCUGUUUAGGUAUGUGUCCGGAAACAUAUACGACGAGCACAGGAGGUUCUUGUUUGCCAUCAACGACGAGUACAAUAAUGACAUCAAUAUCAUUGAUUUGUUAACCGCUAUAAUACUCUUCAACCCAAACCACCCAAAUCUGAUUCAUAAAGACCUGGUUAAACUCCAACAGCAGACUUACAUGUAUUUACUUCAACGCUAUUUAGAGAUUAAACACAACUCUAAGAGUGAAUCCGAGACCCGAUUCUUGCGAUUAAUGAAUUGUCUGCAAGUAUUGUAUCCAUUGAACCGAAUACACGUCCAGAGGAUUAGGGAAACGGAGCCCCAAAACGUCGGUCCACUCGUCGAAGAGAUCUAUGACAUUAAGCCACAAAAUGCAUUGUCUUAUAUGGUAUCCUAAUUAUAUUGGUUAUUAACUAAACCUAUCAGUUAAUUAUAGACUGAC